AUGGCUCUCAUGGGCUUGUUGGGUUUUGUUGCUUUGAUCCUUUCUUUCUUUCUCUUACAAUUUAUGUCCCUUCAAGCACACGCAUCAAGCCGUGCCUUUCAUGGAAGAAAAUACGUCGCAGCUCAACCUCCACUUCAUGGCUUAUGCACCUCUUCUGUCACCAUUCAUGGAUACAAAUGUCAGGAACUUCAAGUUACAACAAAAGAUGGGUACAUUCUUAGCCUUCAAAGGAUCCCUCAAGGUCGAGGUGAGGUUAGUGGCGGUGUGACCAAGAAACAGCCAGUGAUACUACAUCAUGGAGUAUUGGUGGAUGGAAUGACAUGGCUUCUGAAUCUUCCAGAGCAAAACCUGCCCUUGAUUCUAGCUGAUAAUGGCUUUGAUGUGUGGAUUGCUAACGCCAGAGGAACAAGAUAUAGCUGCAGACACACCUCUCUGGAUCCCUCUAGCCCAGACUAUUGGAAUUGGUCUUGGGAUGAAAUGGUGACUUAUGAUCUGCCUGCUAUUUUUGAUUAUGUGUCCAACCAAACAGGGCAGAAGAUAAAUUUCGUGGGCCAUUCUUUGGGAACUUUGGUAGCUUUGGCAUCCCUCUCUGAAGGGAAAUUGGUGAAUCAGGUAAAAUCAGUAGCCCUAUUAAGUCCAGUUGCAUAUCUGAGCCACAUGAGGACAGCACUUGGAGUUAUUGCUGCAAACUCCUUUGUUGGUGAGAUCAUCAACCUUAUUGGUAUGGCAGAAUUUGAUCCAAAAGGGUUACCUGUUGUUGACUUUAUCAAGUCUCUCUGCCUUUACCCUGGGUUAGACUGCACAAACUUGUUUACUGCAAUAACUGGUGAAAAUUGCUGCCUCAAUUCUUCAACUGUUGAUCUAUUCAUGGAGAAUGAACCUCAGCCAACAUCAACAAAGAACAUGGUGCACUUGUCUCAGACUGUUAGACUUGGGGUUUUGACAAAAUUCAACUAUGAGAGACCAGAGUAUAAUAUUAUGCAUUAUGGAGAAAUUUAUCCUCCAAUCUAUAACCUUUCCAAUAUCCCCCAUAACCUCCCUCUCUUCAUAAGCUAUGGUGGCAAAGAUGCACUCUCAGAUGUUAUUGAUGUAAGAAAUAUGCUUGAUCACUUGAAGUUCCAUGAUGAAGACAAGCUAAGUGUUCAGUUCAUCGAGGAAUAUGCUCAUGCUGACUACAUUAUGGGGGUCAAUGCCAAGGACAUGGUGUACAAUGUUGUUACUGCAUUUUUCAAGCAUCAAUUUUAACACUUGAAAGGGAGUCUAGCUUAUAAUUGCAACAAAUUGCUUCUAUAUAUGAUAGAAAGUCAUGGAUUAAGUUAUCACUAACUUCAAUCCAACUAAUUAUUAGAGGAUCACAAAUAAUUAUUUGGAUCAUAUAUAGUUACAUGAACUAGCUACAGAAAAUAUUUGGA